AUGUCAAAAGCACAUGAAAUUUAUAAAGAUCCUCUUCCAUUCUUAUUAGCUAGACCGCUGCCUCCUAUAAUUCCUACAAAUCCUAUCACAUGGGUUCCCUAUAUUUAUUAUUACUUUUUCACCAGAACUCCUAAACAAAUUCCUGUACAAUGUUCAGUGGACGCGAGUACUCGUAGCUGCCUGGUAACAGAUAGAGAAGGUAUACGAAGACUAUGGACGAGCGGAUUUUUUGGGAAAGGGAAUCUUUCUAGAAGUGAGCCUACAUGGCACGUUCGUACAAAGCGAUCGCUAGGUCUGUUGGGGUUUGAUGAAGACUUAGUGGCCGAAGAAAUUACUGCAAGGAGAAGAUUACAAAGAAAAAGAUUCAAAGCGCAACGAGCAUAUAGAGAGCAAUGUGCUCGUGAACGCCAGUUAUGUAUUGAACGUAAAGAAGAGAUCCCAAAUCAUCUCAAGGAGGACGCUGCCCUUCCAAAAGAACUACUAGACCCUUUUUCUUCAUUUGCACCCCCUCAAAAUCCUUCUGAAGUUACCUCUGUACCCGAACUUGAGCAUUUGCAAUUGACAUUUCCGGAGGCCUUUUUUCUAUCUUCUCUAGGAGCUUUAACUGCUAACACUGGGACGGAAGAUAUUUCAUCUACUCCCUUGCUUCGCUAUUUUGCUGAGAUUGCUGCUCAGACUCCAGAAUACACUAAAGCUUGGAACGAAAACACGGGUACUUCUUUCAGUCAACUUGAUGCCACCCCUCACAUUCGCCCAGAAAAUUCGUUCCUGGUAGAUCUUGCUGCUUACUAUUACUUUCGUCAACAAGGAUGGGUAAUAAAAGGAGGAACAAAAUUCUCAGUGGAUUAUCUUCUAUAUAAGAGAGGCCCCGUGUUCAGUCAUGCUGAAUUGGCGGUUUUGUUACUCCCUUGCGUAGGAAAUUCUCAAAAACAGAACCUCAAAUGGCAUGAACUUCAUUGUCUUAACCGCACGGUUGGUCAAGUGAAGAAGACUCUUGUAUUAUGCUAUGUUCAUUGCCCAGCACCCGAAAUUUUGAAUGACCUUUGGCAACGUCAAAAGAAUAUGGAUCAGUGGGAAUGGUCAAAAUUAAUUCUCAGUCACUAUUCUAUCCAGUGCGUGUCGUUACGUCGCUGGGUUCCCGAUAGAAACAGAGAUUAA